UUGAAACCAGAACCAGAACAUUUUCUGGCUCCUUAUACUCCACCACAUUGCCCUUGCCUUUUGAGUUUGGAGGAAAGUAAUCUAUGUAGAAAAAUAACUUACUGGAAGAAUUAUUUGGUACUAGUCACACACACACACAAAAUAGUGUCUCUUCAGGUGCAGAAAAAAGAUAGGGAAUAAGAAAGGAUUGGUAGUUUUCUCCUACCUGUUUUAAAUAUUGUGCAUUAAUAGAAUACUUGAGGUAUAGUAAGGCCAAAAGUUCAGGAGAAAACUGACAUUGAAAAGAUAGUUUGUUACUCACAGUUUCCAAGAAAAGAGGACACACUAUGCCAUGGGGGCCACACAGGGAAGCACUGAUGCUGGUCACAAGGCAGAGGGAGAGGGAGGAACUGGGGGCAAGAGACUUUAUUGUGAUUUCCAUGAGAAGGAACAGACAAGGCCAGGUAAGCAGGCUUAGGAUUGGCUAGUUUGAAUACGUCAAUGGUCUCUGUGGCAUAGGGGCUGUCCCUAGCUAUCUGGUACCUGGCCUUGGGGUGAUUAGGGCAUGUGGAUAAUGGCCCUAAGUGUGAGAGCUCAGAAAGGAGGUAGUUGGAAUGUGGGCUCGAUUGUCUGGUUUGUAUUUGAAAACUGUGCUCAUGGGAGAGUUGUUCACUAUCUCUAAAAAUUGACUAACACUGGGAGGAGUAGUCCAUUCAGGGUCAGGAAGGCCCCAGAUGUCAAAGCAUCAAAAUACAGAAAAUAAAAAACACUGGUUACACUGCCACUACUACUAUAGUGGGAUCUCUGUCCCUCUAAUUUCUGCCUUUACUCCCAAACCUACAGAAAUGACUGAGAUAGCCAAAGGUAAUCAGAACUAUCUAGAAAAUAGCCAAGAACAAGGAAGGAAGCAAAACAACAACAGAGGGUUCUGGUUCAAGAUGACAGCAUAGGAAAAUCCUGAUCUCACUUCUUCUCACACACUGAGUCUACAGCUACAUACAGAACAAUUUUCUCUCAAAAAAACCUAAAGACUGGCUAAGUGAUGACCACAUCAGGCAAACAAGAGGAAAACUACCUCAGACUGGGCAGGAGGCUGGGAUACAAUCUUGCCAUAAACCCCACCCCCAGCACAGUGGCACACAACCCAGAGAAAACUCAAAACCCAAACCUUCUCCCUGAGGAGCAAAGAGUUUUAUUUCCACAUCAGCUAACCUCAACUUUUAGGACCUGCACCAGAGAGAUGACCCCCCAACAUCUUUGAAGACUAACGGGACCCACAAGACUGUAGUAAUCUGGGAGACAUUUCUUAAAGGGCCCAUGCACUGAGAAGAGCACCAGGGCUCAGCUCAUCCAUCAGCCAAUCACACCCAGACUUAAAGUGAAAGAGGCUCAAAGAUCAGGAACAAGACAAGGAUGACCACUAUCACCACUUUUAUUCAACAUAGUAUUGGAAGUCCUAGCCACGGCAAUGAGACAAGAAAUAGAAACAAAAGGAAUCCAAAUUGAAAGGAAGAAGUAAAGCUGUCAUUGUUUGCAGAUGACAUGAUACUAUACAUAGAAAAUCCUAAAGACACCACUGGAAAACUACUAGAACUCAUCAAUGAAUACAGUAAAGUUGCAUAAUACAAAAUUAAUAUACAAAAAUUUGUUGUGUUUCAAUACACUAACAACAAACUAUCAGAGAAAAUAAGAAAACAAUCCCAUUUACAAUCACAUCCAAAGAAUGAAAUACCUAGGAAUAAAAUCUAAGGAGGUAAAAUAACUGUACUCGGAAAGCUAUAAGAAAUUAAUGAAAAAAAUUGAAGACAAUACAAACAAAUGGAAAGAUAUACCAUGCUCAUGGAUUAGAAAAAUUAAUAUUGUUGAAAUGAACUUACUACCCAGGGAAGUCUACAGAUUCAGUGCAAUCCUUAUGAAAAUACCAAUAGCAUUUUUAGCAUUUUUCACAGAACUAGAACAAAUAAUUCUGAAAUUUCCAUGUAAAUACAAAAGACCCUAAAUAUCCAAAGCAAUCUUGAGAGAGAAGAGCAAAGCUGGAAGUAUCACACUUCCUGAAUUCAAACUAUACUACAAAACUACAGUAGUCAAAAACCCACGUUUAUACAGAAAUUAGCCUACAACAAAGGAGGCAAGAAAAAACAAUGGGGAACAGAUAACCUUUUCGGUAAAUGGUGUCAGGAAAACUGGACAGGAACAUACAAAAGAAUCAAACAGGACAACUUUCUCACCCUUUAUGUAUAAAUAAACUCAUAGUGGAUUAAAGACUCAAAUGUAAGACCUGAAAUCAUAAAACGUCUAAAAGGAAACAGAGUGCAUUCUUUGACAUUCUUCUUAGCAAUAUAUUUUUGGAUAUGUCUCCUUUGACAAAGGAAACAAAAGAAAAAAUAAACAAAUGGAACCUAAUCAAACUAAAAAGGUUUUGCACAGUGGCAGAAACUAUCGACAAAAUGAAAAGGCCGCCUAAUGAGUGGGAACAGAUAUUUGCAAAUGAUAUAUCUGAUGAGGGGUUAAUAUCCACAAUAUACAACUCAACAUGAAAAAAAAGAAAAAAAACCCAAUAAGCUGAUUAAAACAUGGGCAGAGGACCUGAAGAGUUUCCAAAGAAGACAUAUAGAUGGCCAAAAGGCACAUGAAAAUAUGCUCAACAUCACUAAUCUUUAGAGAAAUGCAAAUCAAAGAUACAAUGAGAUACAACCUCACAACUUUCAGAAUGGUUAUCAAAAAGACAAGGAACGAGUGUCGGUGAAGAUGUGGAGAAAAGGGAACCCUCAUGCACUGUUGGUAGGAAUGUAAAUUGGUGCAGCCACUAUGAAAAUAGUAUGGAGAUUUAUCAAAAGCUAAAAGUAAAACUACCAUAUGAUCCAGCACUUCCACACCUGGGUAUAUAUAAGAAGAAAAGGAAAACACUAAUUCAGAAGGCCAACAGCUGAAGUUUCUGUGGAAAUUCUGGAGGCCAGAAGGGAGUGGCAUCUGGCAUCAUAUAUUUAAAGUGUAGUAACCUUAAAUGAGUGUAAUCUAUAAAUAUAUUGAAUCACUGUGUUGUACACCUGAAAACAAUAUAAUAUUGUGAAUCAACGAUACUUCAGUUUAAAAAUAAGAAAAGAAAUUACGUUUUUUCUCGUGGUGAAUUCUCUUCAGGCUGAGUUAGAGCAUACUUGUAUCUUUUUGAAGAUUCCUGGGUGUGCUGGAAAAUCCUCCAGUAUUGCAUACAACACAUUUACACAGUAGUACAUUCUUCUUUUCUAAAUAUUAAUGUGUGUGUUAAUAUGAUCGACAAGAGGAUUAGUCAAGUGAGAUAAGCUGUUCAUGGUAACUUCCUUGUUUUGAGUUGAUUCCAUUUACAAGCAAUUCUAUGUAGAAAUGAUUUUUGAAAAGACAAAGAAAAUGAUGUAUGAAACGGUGAUGAUCAUGAUAAUGAUGCACUCUUCUGGAAAGAGCUAAAAAGAAGCUAAAGUCAGAAUUUUUUUAUACAUCAAUUCUUUUGAGGUAUACUCGGCAUACAAUAAAAUGCACAGAUUUAAGGAUGCGGCUUGACGAGUUUUGACUUGUAAGCACCAUCCUGUUUUAGUCUGUUUGGACUGCUAUAAUAAAAUACCUUAGACUCGGUGGCUUAUAAACAAGAAUACUUAAUUUCUUACAGUUCUGAAGGCUAGUAAGUCCAAGAUCAAGGCACCAGCAGAUUUAGUGUCUGGUGAGAACCACUUCCUGGCUCAUAGAUGAUGCCUUCUCACUGUAACCACACAAGGCAGAAGGGGUGAAGGAUCUCUCUGAGGCAUUUUCUAUAAAAGCACUAAUCACCUUACAAAGACCCCACCUGCUAAUACCACCACCUUGGGGGUUAGGAUUUCAAACGUUCAUCUUGAGCACACCCCAAUCAAGAUUCAAAAGUUUCCCAUCACUCCAGAAAGUUCCCUCCAUCCCUCCAUUACCUCACAUCAGGAAAACAGUGAUUUAAAUUCUGUUCCCCUAUAUUAUUUUCUGGACUAUUCCAGAACUUCAUACAAAUGUAGUCCUAUAUGAAGUUUCUUUGGUCUGAUUUCUUUCUAUCAUCAUAUUAUCUAUGAGAUAGAUACAUCCAUGUUCUUACACAUGUCGGAAACUUGUUCAGAUUUACUGAGGAUUAUCGUACUGAAUGAAUAUGCCAGUUUGUUUUCCAUUCAUCUAUUCAGUACUGGUUAUUUGUUUCCAGUCUGUGGAAUAAACUUGUGAAUAAUGCUGCUAUGAAUAUCCACAUACCAAUCGCUGUGGGGAACGUCCUAUGGCUAGAAUCACUGAGAUGUAGGGCAAGUAUAAGUUUAACUUUAUUAGAAACAAUUAUUAUCCACCCUACCUUUUCUACUCAUGACACUAUUUAUUCUUUUGUUCCGUUAAUCACCCCCAACACAUUCCAUUUUUAUAAAGUGUGAGAGGAUCUGAUUCUCUCCUCAAAAUUCUUACAGAAAAGAAGCUUCCAUUCUCCUCUCCAUUUCAUAAUUUCUUAAUUACAAAUUGAAGCCUUGUCUCAUUUUGGUUUCAGGAAAAAAAUGCAAUCACUGUCUUAAAAUUGCACCACACCCACUGAUUCUUCCCCUGUGACUUCUCCAAGAGACCGUGGGACCACUCAGCCCAAGAUAUACACUUCAUUUUUCCUAAUUUCUCCCAGGUUUCCUCCUCUCUAAGAGCCCUGUGCCAGGAUCCCCAGGAUCACUUAGCACAGCCCCUCCCCCUCAUGAAUACACCAUUGUUAUAUUAGAGCUUCCUCCUCCCUCCUCUACCUCUCUGGGGAUGCCCAGCCUCCAGCCCCUCUCUGCUCUCCUCAGGACUAGACUGCUGUUUAGGAGUUGCUGUUCCAGGGAUAGUCUUGCCUGCCUCCCGCUGGAGUGCAUUUCUUUGGUCACAGGCUUCCUCACUCAUGGGGCCUGCCUGGGCCCAGGCCCACCUGGCAGGUGAUCUCUGGCUGCCUCUGCUCUGGCUACUCCUGUUUCCGACCUGCUGCUCCCAUGACCCCCCAGGAUGGCGCUUCACUUCCUCUGAAAUUGUGAUCCCCAGGAAGGUGUCCCACAGAGUGCGUGGAGCCGCAACACAAGGCCAGCUCUCCUACAAGGUUCGCUUCAGUGGCCAAAGACACGUGCUUCACAUGAGAGUCAAGAAGAGCUUGCUGCCCAGACAUUUUCCUGUUAUCACCGAUAACGACCAAGGCGCCAUGCAGGAGGACUACCCUUUUAUCCCCCGAGACUGUUACUACUUUAGCUACCUGGAAGGGGUUCCUGGGUCCAUGGGCACACUGGACACCUGCUAUGGGGGUCUGCGUGGCAUGCUGCAGGUGGAUGACUUCACUUACGAAAUCAAACCACUGGAGGCUUCUUCCAAAUCUGAACAUCUGAUUUCUUUUCUUGUGUCACACGACAUAUCAGCUGAGCAUGAGAAAUGUACGAUUGAAGGGAACGAUACAAAUCAAGCAUAUAAGGAGGCGAUGAUUGCUGAGAUGCCUAGAGCAGCUCCUGUGUAUUUGUGGUGGCCGCAUAGGAAAUACUUAAAAGUUCACUACACAGUUUCUCACACCUUAUAUCUUAUGAACACUAAUCAUACACGUAUAGUUGAGAAUAUAAUGAUUUUAAACGACAUAGUCCAUACAAUUUACAUGCAUAAUCUUCUCGAAGUUCACGUAUGUAUGUUGUGCAUAUGGAAUAAUAGAGAUUCUUUUGAUAUAACUCAGUCAAAGUUUAGUGGUAUUGUGGAUGCUAUAGCUCACUUUGGUUAUUGGAAAAUGUAUGUGUUUAGACAAUAUUCUCAUGAUACCUCAAUCCUUUUUACUGGAAAUAAAGUCCAUGACACUCAAUAUUUUGCCCACCAAGAUGGAAUAUGCAAUCCCAACCGGAGAUCAUCAUAUGUAUUCCUAGCAAGUUAUCAUAUAUUUUUUUUAAUUUGA